CACAAGAGAACUUUGGGAGAUGAUGAAACUAUUCUCUAUCUUUACUGUGGCCAUGGUUAUAUGGGUAUUGACAUUUGUAAAAACUCAUUGUAGUGUGCAAAAUUUAAAUAUGAAAGUAAUUCCGAUUUACUGGCGAGGACAAAGAGAGAAGCGUUGUUUCACAGGUAGUAAUAUUGCCGGUUAGCUUUCUACUAGAGUUAAAUUUGCAGAUAUCUUUUAAGGAGCAUACUUUGGGCUUUUCAAACAUUUGAUUAAAAUAGUAUCUUAAUUCUUGUCAUUAGCAUUAGUUUGAUGGACUAUUUGCUCUAUUUAAAAAAACUAUUUUCAUUUGCUGUAUUUUUUUAUCACAAGGCACAACACAGAAUACUAUUUUGAAAAUUAUGUCUUUGCACCGAAUUGAAACAAGAUAGAGACAGAGAGAAGGGAAUGUAUAAUUUGAAGCCAAAGGAAGAAUUUGAAAUUUAGCUUACCACAGGUUUGCGAAAGCACAAAUAUCUGCUCUUUCAAGUUCUCACCGUUAUGCCCUAAUCUUUGAUGUCAUUUUUAUAACGCGAGUUAUCUGCCACGGCCCUCCCCCGGCGGGCAACACCGCGGUGGGAAAGCCGGACGUCAGGGACGGGCAGCGGAGGGAUUCGCCGGCCGCACGCACCGCCUCGCGCCGCUCGGUCGGCGGGCACGAGGACUCCGUCUCCGCCGGCGUCGCGAUGGCUUCGGGCUCCUGCUGCAAGAGAGCGCAAGGACACUUCCGGGCGGGCCGGGGGCCCUGGAGACCCCAGAUUAAGCACUUCCGGGUAGCACGUGGCAACAGGAGCCGUUCCUCCGCGGGACUCUACGGUUGUAGCAUCUGACGCACAGUGGAGAUCGCUGUGGCCCUGAGCAAUGGCGUCUCGGUAUGACCGGGCGAUCACCGUCUUCUCCCCGGAUGGACACCUCUUCCAGGUGGAAUAUGCCCAGGAAGCAGUGAAGAAAGGAUCCACCGCGGUUGGAAUUCGUGGUACCAAUAUAGUUGUACUUGGGGUAGAAAAAAAAUCUGUUGCCAAGCUUCAAGAUGAAAGAACAGUAAGGAAAAUUUGUGCCCUUGAUGACCAUGUCUGCAUGGCUUUUGCAGGACUGACUGCUGAUGCUAGAGUAGUAAUAACCAGAGCCCGUGUGGAGUGCCAAAGUCAUAAGCUUACAGUUGAGGACCCAGUCACUGUAGAAUAUAUAACUCGCUUCAUAGCAUCCUUAAAACAGAAAUACACUCAGAGCAAUGGAAGAAGACCUUUUGGUAUUUCUGCCUUAAUUGUAGGUUUUGAUGAUGAUGGUAUCCCAAGAUUAUAUCAGACCGAUCCCUCUGGUACUUAUCAUGCUUGGAAGGCAAAUGCAAUAGGCCGAAGUGCUAAAACUGUCCGAGAAUUUCUAGAAAAGAAUUACACAGAAGAUGCUAUAGCUAACGACAAUGAAGCUAUCAAAUUAGCAAUAAGAGCUUUGCUAGAAGUUGUCCAGUCUGGUGGAAAAAACAUUGACCUUGCUAUAAUAAAAAGAAACCAACCUUUGAAAAUGUUUAGUGCCAAAGAAAUUGAAUUACAAGUCAUUGCAAUAGAAAAGGAAAAGGAAGAAGCGGAGAAGAAAAAGUCAAAGAAGGCUGUCUAACUCUAGGGCGAACACGGGCGCUUUUAACCCUCCGUUGUACUCCGUGCAAUUAUUUAGUGAAGUUUUAAAGGCAAUAAGUUGACUUAUGGCAUUACAUUAGUGGUUAUGUGCUGUUUUGAGAAUGCCAGAUGUGUGCUCUCUGUAGUCUAUUACAUGGACAGACAUACAUUAAUAUGAAGAUUUUCUUUGAAAAGAUUUUAGUUACUGUUGAAAGUAGUCAUAAUGCCACAUAAGUCUGAGACUAUACUCUAUAACUUGUCUAGUGUGUUAUAUUUCUUCAAAUAUGCAAAUUAAGAAAAAAUUUUAAUUUAAAAAAUGAAUAAUUUGGUACGUUUGAGUAUUGACUGUCAGAGAGAUAGCUAUUCAAAAAUAAACUGAAUAUAAUAUUGAGUUGCA